UACAUCCCUCUGUUUUUCUUUCUUUCGAUUUAGUGCUCACCGGAUAAUAUUUUCCGGCAGCUGAGUACGGAGGAGAAACUGCAGAGGAUCUUUGUUUAUUCUUCAAUGGCUGCUAUCUUCCGUACACUUCUUUUGCUGCUCACUUUAUCAGAGUUAUUUGUUGGAAUAUUAAGUAUUGGAGUUGGAGUGAACUAUGGAAGGAUUGCAAACAAUCUCCCAUCUCCUUCUCAAGUAUCUGGUCUGCUAAAAUCGUUAAAUAUUAAUCGAGUAAAAGUCUAUGACGCCGAACCAAAAGUAUUAGAAGCGUUUGCAGGAACCAAUGUUGAAUUCAUUAUCGGUUUAGGAAACGAGUACCUUCAAAGAAUGAGAGAUACUCAACAAGCUCAAAUAUGGAUUCAACAAAACGUUCAACCUUAUAUUUCGCAAACUAAAAUCACGGGUAUUAAUGUUGGAAACGAGAUUUUAGGAGGAGGGGAUACUGAGUUAGCGUCGUAUUUACUUCCUGCUAUGAAGGGAAUGCAUGGAGCUUUAGUUAAUCUUGGAUUAGACAAGCAAGUUUAUAUAACGACCGCUCAUUCCCUUCAAAUUUUAGCGACUUCUUUCCCACCUUCUCAAGGGACUUUUCAAGAAAGUAUGGUGCAAUACAUAAAACCAAUACUCGACUUUCAUGCUCAAGUUGAUUCGCCUUUUUUCAUCAAUGCAUAUCCUUAUUUUGCAUACAAAAGUGACCCAAACAACGUUCCGUUGGAAUAUGUGCUUUUUCAACCCAACAAUGGGUCAGUUGACCCAAAUACGAAUUUGAAAUACGACAAUAUGUUAUAUGCACAGAUUGAUGCUGUUUAUUCUGCUAUAAAGGCAUUGGGUCAUACUGAUAUUGAAGUUAAAAUCUCUGAGACUGGCUGGCCUUCUAAAGGAGAUGAAAACGAGGCUGGAGCAACAGUAGAGAAUGCUGGUAUAUAUAAUAGAAAUUUGAUGCAGAGGAUGCGACAGGGUCAAAGUACUCCAGCCCGCCCUUCACAGCCGAUUGACAUUUACGUUUUUGCCCUGUUUAAUGAGAAUCAGAAGCCCGGACCAACGUCUGAGAGGAAUUUUGGAUUGUAUUAUCCUGAUGGCUCCCUGGUUUAUAACCUUGGCAUUCAAACACAAAGUUAUAUUCUUCCAAGAAUGGACUAUUCAUCUUCACAUAAAAACGUGUUUUCCUUCGUCAGAAUUCUCGCUUUGUUUAUUGGAUUCUAUUCUUUGCUUAAGAGAUGAAAAGUUAACUCAAAUUUUGUUGACUAGUAUACAUAGGGAGCUCUAAGUCCCUAAAGAGGAUUGUCUUUUGAGGCGAAAGUUGAGGAUUCACAUUCAGAGCCACAACAACGCUUUCAGCCCAACAGCAUCCUAUUACCUUCAUAGUACACAUUGUUACAACAUACUUAUUCUCCAAUAGAUAUUUCAUGUUCCCUUUUCUUAUAGUUUAUUAGAAAUUCAUCUUAAUUUUAUACAGAAUUGCAAAUAAACCAAACCCGCUUCAGCAGCCACCAGGAACAUCAAUAAAAUGGGAGCGAAAAACAUUCUUGAAACAGUUUAUAGGGUUUUAUUUUUUAUCAUCAUAUAAUUCUUGCUUUUGUUUUCAAUUUUAUAUAGAUUUUCCAUACAGGUGUGUAUCGAUACAUUUGAGUAAUACUGACUGAUUUAUUUUUUAUUUUUUGAUAUUGGAUGUUAACUUCAAAUUACAUUA